AUGAGCGACCCCGGCCUCCCGCGCGGUCGCCGCUUCUUCUGCCGGGAAUGGGCGCUGGACGUACUCCGGCGCAGCCUGGAUGCCCGGCGCGCGGCUGGGAGCCCGUCGGGGGUCCUGGUGACGGGUGGCCCAGGGGCGGGGAAGACGGCACUGUGCGCUGAGGCGGCGCGGCACGACUCUGAGGCGGGUCGGGCGUCCGGGUUGGCAUCGCGCUGCCUAGUCCGGUACUUCUGCCGACCGGAGGAGCCCGCCGGCGCUCUGCCGUGGCGCUUCGUGAUGGCCUUGGCGGAGCAAUUGAGAACGUCGGCGCCGCUGCCACCCGAGCACGCCGCCGACCUGCGCCGCCGACCGCUGCCAGACGCCCUCGGGUGCCGGGCGGACCCGGAUCUCGCCUUUCAGAGAUAUGUCCUGAAGCCUUUGCUGGACUUGCCUCCGCCUCCUCAGACCAUGAUGAUCCUGGUGGACUCUCUGGACGUGAGCUAUCAGGGAAGUUCCGGGGGCACCGGGAAGAACCGGUCCAUCACGGAGCUUCUGGCGGCUCACCAGAACCUGAUGCCCGGCUGGAUCCUGCUGGUCUGCUCGGUCCGUCGUCAGAGCAAGGCCGUCAGCAAAAUGUUUCCAGGUUUUCGUAAAGUCUGCCUGGACGACAUGCGUCGGCCGGAACCUGUCCAUGAUGCGCAAAAGUACAUCCUGAAACGUUUGGACAGGGAGGCGGCGCUUCGCCGUCAGGUCACCCCGGACACGGCGGACAUGUUAAAUUUGCUCCACAUAAAGAGCGGCGGCUGCUUCCUGUACCUGGAGCGAGUCCUGGACGGCGUGGCCGCCUCCCUCAUAGGGCUCCGCGAGAUCCGGGAUAUUCCGGGGACCCUCAACGGUCUCUACCUGUGGCUGUGCCAAAGAUUAUUCCCCCGGAGACUAUUUGAUUACGUCAAGCCUCUGCUUAACGUCAUCCUGGCGGCCCCCCGCCCCCUCGCGCCACAUCAAUUGUUCGCAGCGCUCUUGACACGCGACAAACUACUCAGCGUGGAGGAGUUCCAGAACAAGCUCCGCACCCUGGGCCCGCUUCUAGUAGACGGUCCCGAGGGCAGCAAACUCCUUUUCCACAACAGCUUUGCCGAGUGGCUAACAGAUAUUAAGUACUGUACUCAGAAGUACUUGUGCGACCCAGCCGAGGGGCACGGCACGCUGGCCGUGGCGCUGACGCAAAGAGGACCCCGACUGAAUUCGGAGGAGGCCGUCCAACUGGGGACGCAUCUGGUGUGCUCCGGUCACCAUCGGGACAAGCCCUGGAUUCUGGCUCUGUGGAUGAUCUGGGCCGACGUUCCCGCCCUGACGUUGUCCAGAAACGAAUUACUGUCCACGUUGGUAACUCAAGCGCCAGCCUCAACCCACCAGAAAGUCCUUCAGCUCUUCAAGAUUAGCGGACUUGUCGCUGCAGACCCGAGUCUUUCCGCGCACGGUGAAUUGACGGACCCCGAACUCCAUAAGGUCUGCGCUUCUGUGAACCACGGUUCUACUGAUGCGCAGACUUCUCUCGCCGACGCGGUCCUGGAGGGAUCCGCGAAGCAAGUCCGGCUGCUUCUGACCACUGGAUCUGACCCGCUCCUCGGCGACAAACAGGGUCAAACCUCGCUCACGUUAGCCUCCAGACAAGGUCGCGUAGACGUGCUGCGGGUUCUGCUAGACUGGAUGCGGACGCAAGACGUGAGGACCGCAUCAGAGAUGCUGGAGCACGCCGACGCAGACGGCUGGACGGCCUUACGGUCCGCGGCCUGGGGCGGGCACGGCGAGGCGGUGAGGCUUCUGCUGGACGCGGGGGCUGACGUGGACGGGUGCGACGUGAAAGGGCGCACCGCCCUCAGGGCUGCGGCCUGGGGGGGUCACGAGGAGACGGUCCUCAUCCUGCUUGACUACGAUGCUCAAGUAGACACAACUGACUCUAAAGGCCGCACCCCUCUGAUUGCGGCCGCCUACAUGGGACACCCCGAGGCGGCAGGGGUGCUACUGGACCGCGGGGCCCAGGUGGACUUGGCCGACAACGACGGGCGCACGGCUCUGUCGGUCGUCGCCCUCUGUGGCCCUUCGGUACCUGGGCGCCAGGGUUACGGCGAGGUUGCGAGCCUUUUACUGGAGCACGGCGCCGAUCCGGGACACCGAGACAACGACGGCAUGACCCCGCUGCUUCUCGCAGCCUACGAGGGCCACGAUGACAUCGUGGAACUUUUGCUAGACGCUGGCGCUGACGUGGACGAGACCGCUCGUCGCGAGGGGGAUUCGCCGGCCAAGGCGCCAAUGACCCCCCUGCUGGCUGCCGCCGCUAUGGGCCACGUGCAGACGGUGUCCCGGCUCCUCUUUUGGGGGGCCGCCGUGGACGCCAUUGACGACGAAGGUAGGACGGCGCUGAGUCUGGCGGCGGCACAGGGAAGCUCCGAGGUGGUCCGCACACUCCUAGAACGGGGUCUGGAUGAGAAUCACAAGGACGAUCUGGGCUGGACUCCAUUGCACGCCGCGGCCUGCGAAGGCCACAGGGCGGUCUGCGCUGUACUAACAGAGCGAGGUAGCAUGGCGCGGGUUGGCGAAAUGGAUGUCGAGGGCCGUACGGCGCUGAUUCUGGCGGCACAGGAAGGACAUCUCGGCGCUGCCCGAUUACUGCUGGAUCGCCGCUCGCCCAUCGACCACAGGGCCUACGACGGACACUCGGCUUUGAGCGCCGCCCUUCUGGAGGGGCGCAGCGAGGUGGCCGAGCUGCUUUUGCGACGAGGGGCCGACGCCGAUGUGCGAGACGCGGAGGGGAGACCGCUGCUCUACCUCCUGGUUUUGGAUGGGCAGCUAAGCAUGGCCUCUCUACUCCUAGAGAAGGGCGGGCCGCCUCUGGAAUCCAGAGACUCUGAGGGCCGGACCGCCUUGCACGUGGCUUCCUGGCAGGGAAACACGGAUGCGGCGGACUUGCUCUUGAAGCACGGAGCCGAUCCAAACGCUCGAGACGCGGAGGGGAGGCCGCCCUUGCAUUCGAUGGCAUGGACGGGGCGCGCUGAGGUGGGGCGCCGUCUCCUGUCAGCGAGCGGCAUCAACGUAGAUCUCGCUUGCCAUCAGGGGGCGACGGCUCUGAGUAUCGCCGCUCAACAAGGACACGCCGACGUGGUGUCCGUUCUACUGGAGGGAAGGGCCAAUCCCAACCACAUGGACAAAUACGGCCGGACCCCCGCGAUAGUAGCGCGGAGGCAAAAGCACGAUGAGGUGCUUCGGCUCCUGGAAAACUUUGGGGCCAAGCCCUGCCGGAGUCUGGCGCCCGGCACGGUUUCUCCUAAUAAAAAGAUCUCCAUACCUAAAACAGUGACCUCCUCAUCAUCACCGUCUUCAGCGGGUUCCACAGCAGGGUGUCUACACUCCGCCCACAGCUCUCAGACAUCGUCCACCGGACACUCGUUGGCCACCCUGCAGACAGUUCCGGCCGACACCCUCAGCUUCAUCCAACAGAUCCAGCAGCAUUCGUUACCCCGAAGCCGGAGCCGCCCUUCGACACUACCUCCGCCGCCCGGUGGUUUGGGAAGCAACCGGCGGACUCCGCCCGAAGCCGGACCCCCUCUACCUCUUUGCGCCGUCAAUUCCGAGUUGGCCUCUCAAGCUUUGUCCCGUGAAAUGGAAUAUGGGGACCGAAUGAACCAGAAAAACUUGGAGAGAAUACCGGGACUCUGGGAAAAUAAAACUCGCCAAAACAGAAUAAAGGGCCCCCGACAAAAAGAUACUUGGGACCCCCCACCCAAGCACAAUGUUGCUGCGAUGACCUCAGGUGUCAUGGAGGUCUCCAUGCAAACCUCUGACCCACAGCUCAACUUGAAGCAGGCCAUUAAGCUGCAGUUCGAGGGUCCCACCAGGACUUCCUUUUACAAGAGAGAGACGCCGCUAUGA